AUGGUCCAGAACAAGCAUUUGUUCAAAAACAUUAUGGAAACGUUCGGGCUGGACCCGAACGAAGCCAGAACCUUUUUCCUUGACGAGAACGACACGACUGCUUUUGACGCGAACGAAAUUGUGGAGCUCAAUUCAGACGAUGAUCACGACACCUGGGAUGGACGAGCUGACGCUUUCAAGCAGCAUCACACGAUUGACAUACAGUAUCCAUCUCUCGAUCUCUUGCUUGAACCAAACGAAGAGUUCUUGCUGAACAAGCCACAGAAUGCACACCGACGCUAUGCGCCUUUUCCUCUCAUACGAGAUGGUGAGAUUCAGAGAAUAGCCGCUCGUGAUGGUCUUGCUGACAAUGCUUUUUACUCUGUUUACAGAUGCCACCAGCAAGAGCCUGAUAUCAGCACCCGGCAAUUGACUGGCAAAGAUGUCUUCGCUGACUUGGAAGAGGCGAUAGAAUUUCACGGGCUUACACAUCUCAGUGCUGUGGUGUUUCGGAAUACUCAGCGACCAGACCUGGGACCACUUAUCCGGAUUCGUCGCUCAACUCGUUUUCGCUGGAAGGAUGUUGUUGAUUACAACGAAUGUACUUACGACCUAUCGAUGAGAGAAUUCAUGGCUGCCAGGGGCAGACCAGCGUGGUACCGAGAUCUGGUUCACCUCAUUGGCAUCGAGAGCGAUAGGGCAGCACGUUUCAUCGCGCUCAUGCUGGUUCGUUUCAAGCAAACUGGCAGGCCUCGCGAAGAUCUGUUCGAAGUCUAUCCAAAGUUCUUGAAGAGCUUUGAGCGCAAGCCCAGGUGGCUCGAAGACUACGAAGAGUUCCUAGCGCAUCGCGUUGUGCCUUACAAGAGCUCCAUCAUGCAACGAACUCCCAAGUGUAUGCACUGCAAGAAUGACUGCAGCAAAGGAGUAUCUCUGCCUUGCUCGGCUAAGCAUGUCAUACAUUGGGAUUGCUUGAUGGACGUCUGCGAUCACGUCGAAGCAGACAAACUUGGCUGCGGUAUAUGUCAUGAAGGUGUUUUUCAAGACCCAGAAGAUGUCAACAAGCUGAAGUACAACAUCCACGAAGAUGGCAUCUUCUACAUUGACGACCGCUACACUCGUUGGGAGAACUUUGAGAAAUCGUGUUCCGACCUCGACAGUACGCGGGCGGCCACCAACGAAACCCACAUUACUAUCAGUCGCGACUUCAUGAUUGAUCUUUGGCAGAAAUUUGUCGACGCUGGUGUUGAGGCGUCCAUACCAGAGCACUUACACCACGACAGAUCAGAUGAAUAUGUGUUGCUAGAGUGGGAGAUUGAUAGUCAGCUGACCAGUCUUGAGGGCGUGAGAACGGCUAUCUGGAUGUUCGAACGUUGGAUCAAACGACGAGUCUUCAUCCGCUUCCGCCGUGAGUUCCUCAAGGCUGGGCUUGGUAGCUCGUUAUCGCCUAGCGAGCAGAGCAACAUGAGACGGCACGACUUUAUGAGGAAGAUCUUGCGAAAAGCUUGGUACGAUACCUAUCUCAGGAAUCUGAAUCGCAUGCUGCAGUUCCUGUCGCUCAGAGUUUGCGAGUGCGCUGGCCAUAGCAAAGUGUAUCAUACCCAUGGUGGCAGAGAGUAUUACAGCAGGGAUGCAGUAGAGAAGGAGCAGGCCAACAUCACGCCUGCCCGCCAGGCGAUUUAUCAGUGGCAGGAAACCCCGCAGGCCAUGGAGAUGAUGCGAGAAUUCAAGCGGGAACUCAGAAGAGGUGAUGUAGAAGCUGGACGGUACAUCAAUGGUUCGUGA